GUGCAUGUGAAGGACUUAUGGAAAAGAUGUCAAGACGCAUGACUAAAAAUCAAGGUUUAUUCCACCAAAUAUUGAUACUUUUCACUCUUCCUACUCUAAAAACAUCGUUGGUGUGAACAUGCUGCUGUCUUGUGUAGACCACUUGCCAUUUUCUGCUACUAAUAACCUGAUAUUUCAUAUUAAAAUAACAAAAAGUAAACAUUUUGCAUGGGACUAGAGUGAGCAGGCAGCUCCUCCCAUCCAGCUAUAAGAGCCCAGCUGACCUGCGGGUCCGUCCACCCUGAAGUAGGCCAGCUCAAGCUGCCUCAUGAAGGCUUGGGCUGCUUCCUCAGAAGCUUUGGUUCGAGGAUCUCUGUCCCACAUGGAAAUGUAGACGCAGCUCGCCGGCCUGGUUUGUCUUCCGGAGCGACUCUGAAGCGGAUUAAGGAGGCACUGGUAACUUUUAAUCAUGACUUUCGCCAUGCUGCGGCCCGUGGCGACGCACUUGAUCUACUCGGACUUCACGGUUACCAACUCCGAGGACGACGAGAACCGCAGCGAGAGCGACGGCAGCUCGGAGCAGAGCUACUGCGGCUCCACGGAGAAACGGAGGCGCAUCUCCCGCAAGCUGGAGGGCGACUCCGCGGUGGUGAUGAAGCAGCGGAGCGCGGCCAACGCCAGGGAGAGGGGCCGGACCCAGAGCGUCAACACGGCGUUCACGGCCCUCCGGACUCUCAUUCCCACCGAGCCGGUGGACAGGAAGCUCUCCAAGAUUGAAACUCUCCGACUGGCGUCCAGCUACAUCUCCCACCUGGCCAACGUGCUUCUGAUCGGGGACGCCGGCGCGGAGGGACAGCCGUGCCUCGGAGCGGUCCAUGCGCAGGGCGAGGGCGCGGGGAAGCAGCCGCGCACCAUCUGCACCUUCUGCUUGAGCAACCAGAGGAAAGGGAUUAAAGAUGGGAAAGAGUGUUUGAAAAUGCGAGGACUCGGUCCGCUGCGAGUGAGGCGCUGACCGGACGCCGUCGGUGGAUCGUUUGCAACCUGAAAACCCUCAAGACUUUCUCAGGGAAAGAGCUGAAACUGGUGCAACAAAGAGAGCUCGCUCUCAUGUACCUGUACACACAUGCUGGAUCAAAAGGUGGCACCAAAGAAGAGACUAUUUAUACUUGACUGAGACAACCGAGACUGUAAGACUUUCAAACAUGCAGUGCAUUUGUUUGAAACUUGUCUUGUCUUUUUUUUUUUUAUUAUUAUUAUUUGGAAGAUGUUUUAAAUAAAAUAUAUUUUAUCAAAAUGAAA